CAUUCGAUCUCCGGCGAUGAUGUUUAUCAUUUACGCGGUCCAUAUAAUAUCAUAUUAGCCACAUAACGUCUUGCGAUGACACGAAGCAGAUCUGAUAAAUUGAUCUAGCCAAACUUUUUAAAUAUCCCUCCAUAUCACGCGCACGCGUUGUUACUUUUGUUGUGAUUGGUCGUGAAACAAACUGAAUUAAGCAACAUGAGUGUGACGCGAAAUAGUGUCAGUCGAUCUGCGUGCAAUAGCAAGGCGAGCAUGAUUGUCGUUUCGAAUAGAUUGCCAUUUGUUUUAAAAAGAAAUGAAACAACCGGUGAACUGGAAAGAAAGUCCAGUGCCGGUGGUCUCGUUACUGCAGUAGCGCCAGUGGUGAUACGAGGUAAUGGAAUUUGGGUUGGAUGGCCUGGCAUACAUUUGGACGACCCUAAUGAGAAGAUCCCCGAAUCGGAUCCCAAUGACAAUACACCAACCGCUGGACUGCGUUCUAAUAGGAUCGUGGCAAUUCACUCGGAACCAAAAUUAUUUGAUAGCUACUACAAUGGAUGUUGUAAUGGAACUUUCUGGCCACUGUUUCAUUCAAUGCCGGACCGCGCUACAUUUAUCGCCGAUCACUGGAAAGCCUACAUCAAGAUCAACAAAGAAUUCGCUGAAAAAACGGUACAUGCACUGAAACUCCUUAAGCAAAAUAAGGAGAAGAAUGGCAAUUCCCCACCAAUUGUAUGGGUGCACGAUUAUCAUCUCAUGUUAGCGGCUACUUGGAUCAGACAGAGAGCAGAGGAGGAUGAAUUAAAAUGUAAACUUGCAUUUUUCCUGCACAUCCCGUUCCCUCCGUGGGAUAUUUUCCGAUUAUUCCCAUGGGCAGACGAAGUUUUACAAGGUAUUCUUGGUUGUGAUAUGGUGGGUUUCCAUAUAACAGACUACUGCUUGAAUUUCAUUGAUUGUUGUCAAAGAAAUUUGGGUUGCCGUGUAGACAGAAAGAACCUUCUAGUUGAGCUCGGCGGUCGCACAAUUUGUGUACGGCCUUUACCAAUCGGUGUACCAUUCGAUAGAUUCGUAUCUUUAGCUCAGAAAGCAAAAGCUGUACUUUCGACAAGUCAAAAAGUGAUCCUCGGAGUCGAUAGACUAGAUUACACUAAAGGUUUAGUUCAAAGAUUAAAGGCUUUCGAGAGGCUUUUACAAAAACAUCCUGAACAUAUUGAGAAAGUGGUAUUAUUACAAAUAGCAGUACCCUCAAGAACAGAUGUGAAGGAAUACCAAGAUUUAAAGGAGGAAAUGGAUCAAUUGGUUGGUAGAAUUAAUGGAAGAUUUACAACACCUAACUGGUCUCCAAUCAGGUAUAUAUAUGGCUGCGUCGGUCAAGAUGAGCUGGCAGCCUUCUACCGUGACGCUGCAGUAGCGUUGGUUACACCAUUACGGGAUGGUAUGAAUCUAGUUGCAAAGGAGUUUGUUGCCUGUCAAAUCAACAAGCCUCCUGGAGUAUUAAUACUAUCUCCCUUCGCUGGUGCCGGUGAGAUGAUGCACGAAGCACUGAUUUGUAAUCCUUAUGAAUUAGACGACGCAGCGGAAGUUAUUCAUAGAGCGUUAAUAAUGCCAGAAGACGAGAGGACAGUUCGCAUGAAUCACCUGAGGCGGCGAGAACAAGUGAACGACGUUGACAGUUGGAUGAAGGCAUUCCUGAAAGCCAUGGAUUCGUUGGAGGAAGAGACUGAUGAUAUCGGAGCGACGUCCAUGCAGCCCGUCACUAUGGAUGACUUCGAUGAAUAUUUAUCAAAAUACAUCGGUUACACCCAGAAGCUCGCUCUGCUGCUGGACUACGACGGCACCCUGGCUCCGAUCGCACCACAUCCAGACCUUGCGACCUUACCCCUAGAGACAAAGAACACCCUGCAACGCCUCUCCAACAUGUCUGACGUUUACAUAGCUAUUAUAUCCGGAAGAAAUGUCAACAAUGUCAAAGAAAUGGUCGGGAUUGAAGGUAUCACAUACGCCGGAAACCACGGCCUGGAAAUCUUACAUCCGGAUGGUAGCAAAUUCGUUCAUCCCAUGCCAUUAGAAUUGCAAGAUAAAGUGGUCGAACUACUUAAAUCUUUACAGGAACAGGUGUGUCGGGACGGCGCGUGGGUGGAGAACAAGGGCGCGCUGCUGACGUUCCACUUCCGCGAGACGCCGGUGGGCAAGCGGCGCGAGCUGGCGGACACGGCGCGGCGCCUCAUCGCCGCGGCCGGCUUCACGCCCGCGCCCGCGCACUGCGCCAUCGAGGCGCGCCCGCCCGUGCAGUGGAACAAGGGUCGUGCUUCAAUAUACAUUCUAAGAACGGCUUUCGGAUUAGACUGGAGCGAACGCAUAAGGAUUAUUUACGCUGGCGAUGACGUCACUGAUGAAGACGCUAUGCUGGCAUUAAAAGGUAUGGCGGCAACGUUCCGCAUCGCAUCUUCAAAUAUAACCAAAACGUCGGCUGAACGUCGUCUGUCGUCCACGGAUUCGGUACUGGCGAUGCUGAAAUGGAUAGAAAGGCAUUUCUCCCGUCGUAAACCGAGGGCAAACUCGCUCACUUACAAGAAUGCGAAACUAGCUCGCGACACGAUUCAAACGCAUAUGUCCUAUCAGUUGCCCUCGAGGUCACCGAGACAAACACCCCCCCGAACACCCGAGGUGGUCUCGAGCGGGUCUGAAUCGAGUUAAUCGCUUCAAAUUUAUGUUGCAAUUGCUUAAUGCUCACCACAAACAUAUAAAGAAAAAAGUAUUUAUUUUUUAAUGGAAAACUUAGAUCUUUAAAGAAAUCUUUCGUUGAAAAAUCUUUAAUUUCGAUUUUUAACAGAUUUCAAAAAGGAGGUUUUCAAUUCGGUUGGUUUUUUUUUUCUAAAGAAAUGUUUGUGUAGGAACACUUUAGGUUUAGGUCUUUCUAAAUAAUACGUUUAAAAGUACCUAUUAGCUAUAUUCAUUUCUUAGCUUUAUUAGAAAAAGAAAAAUUAUCUUAUUAAUCAUCAUAGGCUUUACGUAAUCCAUUGGGCGCGUUUAGUUUGUUAGAUGCAUGCUGUAGUAGCAACUGUUGACCUAUCGUUGUGAUUGUAUAGUGAUAUUUUUUAUUUAAGACUUCAUGUAGACAAAGAUAUCAAAAUUAUGCCAAAUAAUUUAUACUCCUGUUUUUUUUUUUUUUAAUUUAUAGUAAAGUACAAUUCCUACUAGAAUAGUAACGAAAUCCUAAGUAUCGACGUAAGACGCAAGCCGUUUUGAAUCAAUUGCAAUAAAUGUAGUUUUGAAAACUACUCGUUUUAACUAACUGAAACGUGUUUUAAUUGUAAAAUUUAUUGAUGUUAAGAAAUUUACAAUAAAUAUCAAAUUUACCAUAGCACAUAGUUCAAGAAGUAUAUAUAUUUUAUCAAGAAGCACAAAAUCAUUUUCGCGCAACUACUGCUGGAUUCUGCUUUUUAUAGAAACAAUGGAAAACACGUAUCAUUUGAGGAAUAUUUUUAUAUGUAACUUUAUAUUCAAUGUUUACUCAAUCAAACGUAAUAUACAAUUUUUGGACAAUUUUAAAACGAAACCAUUACUAAAAGUAACCGAUCGAAGAGAACUGCAAGAAAUGUAGUAAUUAAAUACUAUUUAAUAGUAUUAAUACUGUAAAUUAUGCAUUCCAUGAUAGCAACACUCGAUGGUAAUAAAAAUUAGUUAUAGAGACAAUUCAUGAAAUUAAUUUAUUUAAAUAUUUAUCGUCACUAAUUUUAAAAGCACCUUACAUGUAUUUGAUGCACAAGGUUUAUUAAAAUUUAAUUUUAAGUGUUUAUAAAACACUCAAUUAGUUUUACGAAAUUAUUCCUAGUUAUGUUGUUAAUUGUAACAAAGAAAAACGAAGAAACUAUUUAAUCGAUCUUGAAAUUUUUGUAAAAUUAAAUUAAACUUUUAUAUAUAUUAAACUUUUCAUGUAACCAACAUCAUAAUAUUAAUAACCAAGUUAUUUCGCAGUGACAUACGGUCUGUAACUCGUACUGAAGAACCUCGAAUUUCCACAACUUUUGUAUUUUUAGAUAAGUACAUUUAUGUUUUUGAUGUAUGAAAUAAAAGUUUACAACAACCGGAAAA